CUCCAACCUCUGUCCCUGUCACUCACUGGCUAGGCGGGGGCAGCUAUGGCAGCGGCAGUAACUUGGAUUCCUCUCCUUGCAGGUCUCCUGGCAGGGCUGAGGGACAUCAAGGCCCAGCAGACAACUUUACACCCACUCGUGGGCCGUGUGUUUGUGCAUCCUUUGGAACACGCUACCUUCCUGCGCCUUCCAGAACACAUUGAGGUGCCACCCACUGUCCGACUCACCUAUCAUGCUCACCUCCAGGGACAUCCAGACCUGCCCAGGUGGCUGCACUACACACAGCGCAGUCCCUAUAACCCUGGCUUCCUCUAUGGCACCCCCACUCCAGAAGAUCGUGGGCACCAAGUCAUCGAGGUUACAGCCUACAAUCGGGACAGCUUUGACACCACUAGACAGAGGCUGCUGAUGAUAGUUGGGGACCCUGAAGGUCCCCGGUUGCCGUACCAAGCUGAGUUCCUGGUGAGCAGCCAUGAUGUGGAGGAGGUGCUGCCCUCCACACCUGCCAACCGCUUCCUCACCGCCUUGGGGGGACUCUGGGAGCCAGGCGAGCUCCAAUUGCUCAACAUCACUUCUGCCUUGGACCGUGGAGGCCGAGUCCCUCUUCCUAUUGAGGGCCGGAAGGAAGGGGUAUACAUUAAGGUGGGCUCUGCCACACCCUUCUCCACCUGCCUGAAGAUGGUGGCAUCACCUGACAGCUAUGCCCGUUGUGCCCAGGGACAGCCUCCACUACUGUCCUGCUAUGACACCUUGGCACCCCACUUCCGUGUUGACUGGUGCAAUGUGUCUCUGGUAGACAAGUCAGUGCCAGAGCCCCUGGAUGAGGUGCCUACUCCAGGGGAUGGAAUCUUGGAGCACGAUCCAUUCUUCAGCCCACCCACUGAAGCCACAGGCCGAGACUUCCUAACAGAUGCUUUGGUGACCCUCUUGGUGCCCUUGCUGGUGGCUCUGCUGCUCACCCUGUUGCUGGCUUACAUCAUGUGUUGUCGGCGUGAAGGACGGUUGAAGAGAGACAUGGCCACCUCUGACAUCCAGAUGUUUCACCACUGUUCCAUCCAUGGGAAUACAGAAGAGCUUCGGCAGAUGGCAGCCAGCCGUGAGGUGCCCCGGCCCCUUUCUACCUUGCCCAUGUUCAAUGUGCGUACAGGAGAGCGGCUACCUCCCCGAGUAGACAGCGCACAGAUGCCCCUCAUCCUGGACCAGCACUGAGAGGCCUUCCAGGUGCCCUUCAGCUGAUGGGCAGGCACAGCUCCAGCUCAGUGUCACAGUCCUGGGGCUUAGGCUAGCUUCAACUGGGUCCCUGUGCCCUUAAGGUGGGGGCUGCAGGCUCCCCAUCUCACCUCUGUCUGGUCUCCAGUACCUCCUUCCUGGUCUGGUCAAGGGCGGGAGAAUAAGAAGUCGGCUCCUCCUUCUCUCUGCUUUCUGGCCUUGCCUUGGGAUCUUGGCAGCCCUGUCCUCCCAGCUCAGUUCCAAAGAGCACACAGGAGCCGGCCUGGCUGCCUUCCUGAAAGGAAGUGGCCCAGACAAGUAGCCUGGAGGAUGGCGUGACUACAGAAGACACCGAGCCCUGCCUGGACAUCCACACGUGAAAGCCCAGAUGACCAGCAGCACACACAGAAGACACAAACACACUCAGUGCCCACUGGAUUGGAGUCUCUCUGGUAUGAGUAGUCAGGCUGAUUUCCUACAAUCCCUGACAAAGAGUAGCGGCUGUCUCUAGCCCCCACCUUCUGUGACUUCACCCCACACUCACUCCACCCUACUUCUUAGUUUUGUUGAUGGCUCUGUUUAUGUGGCCUGAUGAGUGGCCUCCACCUUCAUUCUAAAUACAGACUACACAUGCACGGACUCUGCAGCCAUU